UAUGGUAGGCUUUUCUGACAUUGGAUGCAGUCUUUGCAACAGUACCUUGGGAGUGCCAAGCCGCGCCUCUUGAAUCGUGAUGGCGGUGAUUACUUAAGCAGCCUUGCCAAGCCCGGCAUCUCCAAAAAUGCGGGAGGCAAAGACGCUGAUUGCCUCGACGUUGCGUCGCCCGGGACCGAAUGCUCCAUCAUGUCAUUGUUCGCCGCAAAUCCUCCUCGCGAUAGGUAACGCGGUAGUUCAACUCGGUGACUUGGGAUUGACAGUGUCGGCCGAAUUCCUCAACGACAACAUUUUCCAUCAUCGUAUUCUUCAUCGCCAAACUUUGUCGCAACGACGGGAACCUCUGCCUGCUUCUCCCCAGACCCGACGCCAGCAGCAACAGGUGCCCAUCGCUUCGGUAAUCAAUCACCAUGUUUUGUCUGCGCAGUUGGCUGCCCCUCCUUUUUAUACCAACCAGCGCAUCGCCCGUCUUCAUCUUUCUCUUCUUCCUCUGCACUUACUUUCUCAACCGCCCAUGCGUCUAUUGCUCGAUUCUGCUCUUCAUACUCUUCCUGACAUCGUGCAACUGGUCUGACCAUUGCUUCUUUGACUUUGCGAGCAACUGGUUCCAGCCAAGGCUGGCUGCAAGCUACAUUUACCUGCCCACCAUCACGGGCUGGAACGCGACGACAGAUGCUACCGCGAGCCCAAGCUCGACGACACAUGUCGUUACCGACGUGAUGAAUACGACUGCCGGUGCUCUUGCCACGGCGGCAGCGGACAAGAUCGCUCAGACGAAGGUGGAAUGGACGGGAUUGGGGCUUGAGUGGCUAAGGAGUUUGCUAGGGAGGAGAGAAUGGGAGAUUGACUGUUUGGAUCUCCAUAUACGACUGUGAGGCCUUCCGAGGGGCCUGUAGUGUUGUGAUCUAGAGGGAAUCUGUACAUUGGUUGGGUUCUGUAUUAAGCUGCGGUAUUGGCGCGUAUACCUCUGUACCAUGAUGCAUGGCAUGGCGUUGUGUGGGACAAACAUAGAGU